AAUAGAAGAGAAAGGAAAUAUGAAAGUGAUCCAGAAAACAAGAAAAAUUACUGAUAAUUUUAACAGAGAAUUGUUAUUCUUCUAUCAUCAGAAACACAAAAUGCGCUUUAAGUUACUUCUGUUAAUGAGCACAAUCGUGACCAAUGUUUCAUGGGCUAAUGAUCAGCAAUUUUACAAAGAAAAUCAACAAUUAUUGUUAAAUGGCGAAAUAAAACCAAUACUAAAAAAAAAUAAUGAACAAUUAUUACAAAAAAAUAAAGAUGUUAAAACUACAAUAAAUAAAUAUAACAAAACUACAAUAAAUAAUAUAAAAAUAAAAAAAGAAGAAAAUAUUGAUCCUUGGAAGUUUUUAGAACAUAGAGAUCGAAUACAAUUUCAAAUAGAAGGCUAUGAUGGACCACAAACAUAUAUUUUUGGAUUUGAUACUGGAUAUGGAAACAAUAGACAAUAUAGAUUGGAAGAAAAAUAUCGUAAUGGUACAAUAAAAGGACAAUAUGGUUAUUAUGAUGCAAAAGGAAAAUUAAAGAAAAUUCGAUAUUUAGCUACACCUUUUAAAGGAUAUACUGAAAUACAUCAUGAAAGUAAUAUACAAAAAAGAAAAAAUUAA